AUGGAAGAGGCGGCAGCGGCGAGGCCAAGCAAGAAGGCGCGCGGGACGGCCGCUUCUGGCCUAACGGCGUUCGGGCUCCGCCUGGCGAAGUACCUCGCCGACGCUGAUGAGGGCGCCGGCGUCGUCGGUGUUGAAGGCCAAAACAUAUUCUUCUCGCCGCUGUCCAUCUAUGCGGCGCUAGCCCUGCUGUCGGCCGGGGCACGUUGUACCACCGUGGACGAGCUGCUGGCAGCGCUCGGCGCGGCGUCGCUCGACGAGAUCGCCGAGUUCGUUAGUGCCGUGGUGGAGCGCGCCCUCGCCGACCACUCCGAGUCCGAAGACGUGACUCUGAAGCCGGCUUACACCGCAGCCGCCGUUGAAUCCUACAAGGCCGAGACACACGCCGCUGAUUUCAUGAACAAGGGAGAGGAGGCAAGAGAGAAAAUCAACAGAUGGGUUUCGAAAGCCACGAAGAAUCUCAUCACCUCAAUCCUUCCUAAAGGUUCCGUACGCUCUGAUACUGCCCUAGUGCUCGCCAACGCCAUCUACUUCAAGGGCAGCUGGUCCAUACCCUUCGCCGAGGAGGAUACCAAGAUCAGGCGCUUCCAGCGGCUCGACGGCAGCCACGUGCGGACGCCGUUCAUGCGCAGCUGGAAGGAUCAUGCCGUGGCGGAGUACAAAGGGUUCUCGAUGUGCGUCUUCCUCCCGGACGCCCACGACGGCCUGCCGAACCUCAUGGACAUGAUGGCAUCCCGCCCCAACUUCCUGUGGGACCACAUGCCGAGGGAACGCAUCGAGGUUGACGAGUUGCGAUUGCCCAAGUUCAAGCUCUCCUUCUCCAGCAGAAUCAAUGGCGUUCUCAAGGCCAUGGGGAUCAAGGCCGCCUUUGAGGAAGGCACUGCCGACCUGUCUGACAUGCUGGAGGGCGGGGCUGACCUGGUGUUGGAGCAUGUUUUCCACAAGGCGGUCAUCGAGGUGAACGAGGAAGGGACCGAAGCAGCGGCCUCUACUGCUUGCACGAUGGUAGAUUACUGUCUUUAUUCGCCUGUGAAUUUUGUCGCCGAUCAUCCGUUUGCGUUCUUUGUGGUGGAGGAGGUGUCCGGUGUCGUCGUCUUCAUGGGACAUGUUCUCAACCCGACGAAAUCAGAGCAUGAAGAAUAA